GGGGCUUUGAUGCCAAAUGUGCCAUCAUCGUGCCAACUAGAGUCUGGGUUGCAUUAAUGAACGAUCAAAGCUGAGGACGCUUGCACGUGAUGUAUACUAUGUAUCGAACGAGGGUCGGUGCAAAUGUGAUAUUGAAUACUGCAUCGAUUCACCGGUUGAUUCGUACGUAUCGCUAUCUUCAGUGUCCGUUCAAAGAACAUAAAAGACGAAAAGGACAGUAUGGUAGACAAAGUCACACCGCUGAAUGGGACGGUGGAAAUGAAAUAUGGCGCAGAUGGAUCGCUGCAGGUACAUAUCGAAAAGGGAUUUCUUCCUUCAUUUACCUCCAUCUUAUGAGAAAAUCUGCAAGGAGCCAAUGACGCGCAUAAUCGGGCUCUUCCGCGGGACGGCAUCUAUAUAUAGUACCACGGCAAGAAGGCGCGGAGGGAUUAUCAUCCUUGAUCACCACUUAUGAUAUUCAUUCAGGUCACCUACGAAGUGCAUUUACCAGAUGUGCUAUCUACCCUUCAUGCAUAGAUUGCUCUUCGUAUUCAUAUUUUGCAAUCUUGCCCUUGUAGGGAGGGUAAUUAACA